GAGCCCCAGUCCUCAGGCACGAGUCUCGCGGCUACAGAAACGGCCCCUCUUGAGGCGGCCGAACAGAGCCCCGACGGUCGGACCGACGACAGGGUCCCAGAGAGCAGCAGGGCGGAUGGACACCUUCAGCACCAAGAGCCUGGCCCUGCAGGCCCAGAAGAAGCUGCUGAGCAAGAUGGCGUCAAGGACGGUGGCAGCCGCAUUCAUCGAUGACACGAGCAGCGAGGUGCUGGACGAGCUGUACCGCGCCACCAAGGAGUUCACUCGCAGCCGCAAGGAGGCCCAGAAGGUGGUCAAGAACCUGGUCAAGGUGGCCGUGAAGCUGGGCGUCCUGCUCCGCGGUGGGCAGCUGGGCGCUGAGGAGCUGGCGCGGCUGCAGAGCUUCCGCCAGCAGGCGCGCCGCUUAGCCAUGACCGCUGUCAGCUUUCACCAGGUGGACUUCACCUUCGACCGGCGCGUGCUGGCCGCCUCCCUGCUCGAGUGCCGGGACCUGCUGCACCAGGCCGCGGGCGCGCACCUGACCGCCAAGUCCCACGGCCGCAUCAACCACGUGUUCGGCCACUUUGCGGAUUGCGACUUCCUGGCCGCGCUUUACGGCCCCGCCGAGCCUUACCGCUCCCACCUGCGCAGGAUCUGCGAGGGCCUCACCAGGAUGCUGGACGAGGGCAGCAUCUGACCUCCGACCUGGGUCUUCCCGCUGGGGGCGGGGCUUGCGGGCUUUUUUAACUUCUUUUCUCCCGGUUUGACUCUGGCCAACUUCCCCCCCACCCCUUCCCACACGUACACACACGGGUGACCCGUACCUUCUUGGGGAACUCACGUCACCUCGGCUCCGGCCCAAUCUACAUGGGGAGAGGAACUCAGCGUGGAGCCGGGCACAGCCUGCCUGCGCCAGCGGCCUCCCCGCACACCUGGAGACCCCUGUCCCUCGGGUGCAACCUCUGAACAGUGACCCUUGAGUGACCCAUCUGUACCCCUCAAAUCACUCGGUGUCUCUGAAAGCUGGUGGCUUCCCACUUUAA